GCACAAAGGACCUCGUUCCUCGUCUGCAAAAAAUUUUAGAAGCUUCAACUUUGCCCAAAAUCAUCACCCACUGAAGCCAUUCCAUCUCGCCCAUUGCCCGCAGCUCAAUCAAUCAUUUCACGAUGGGUAUCUCCGGCGGUCUCCGCGCCGGCACUCGCUAUGCCUUCUCCCGCAAGUUUCGAGCCCGUGGAAUGAUCAACCUGGGCACGUAUUUGCGCCAGUUCCAUGUGGGGGAUGUCGUCGACAUCAAGGCCAAUGGAGCAGUCCAGGCUGGAAUGCCGCACAAGGUCUACCAUGGCAAGACCGGCGUCGUGUACAACGUAGGAAAGUCGGCCGUGGGCGUCAUCGUGUACAAGAAAGUGAAACAUCGCUAUCUCGAGAAGCGAGUAAACUUGCGCAUCGAGCACGUCCACCCCUCGCGCUCUCGAGACGACUUCCUGCGCCGCGUCAAGGAGAACGCCGCGCUCAAGCAAAAGGCCAAGGCCGAGGGCACCCCGGUCCAGCUCAAGCGCCAACCCGCCAUGCCCAGGGAGGCCAGGACCGUCUCAACCGCCGACAACAAGCCCGUCACCCUCGCCCCCGUCGCGUACGAGACGACCAUCUAGACGAUCGAAGCCAAGAUUCGGGAGAUGGAUUUAUCGGCUGGUUCAGGUCAGGCGCAAUGGGAAAAUUCGGAGGGUUGAUGAGAGGAGGCUUUUCCUACAACUCUUUCAUUGUUUGCUGCUGUCCGUUGAGAGGAACUCGACGGCGGCAGGCUGUUUCUCUCAAUCACAAGACGGCGAAGUUCGGACUUUCCGGUGGUUUUGGUUUUUGGGCGGUGGACAACACCCAACUGUGCAUCGUGUCUAUCAAGACCACGAUUUCUUGCGUUUUUUUUUUCUCAAAUGGAACAGAGACAAACUUCACCGCAUAGGGAUAGGCGUUGAUUUUAGGGACUGGCUUGGCCGAAGAGAAUCAUGACAACCAGGCAGACUCGACUUGACGUCUUGACCAUGGAGAGCAUUGUGUCUGGUAGCCGAGGUGUUGUUGCAUUUACAGCCUAGUAGUUCCAUAUCCGCAGGAACAGGC